CCUUAAACAGGGUUAGCUAAGGAAUGCUGCCUACAUUUGAUAAUAAGGUUCAGCCACAGGAACUCAUUGAAAAGAUGCAGCGGGACCGACUCCAGCUAAAUCAAGUGGUGUCUCGUUUUAAAAGGCGCUGUGCUUUCACCUCCUGGAUCAGGGAGACUGUCAACAAGAGGGAAUGCUGCUUGUUUGAGAAAGGUUUCAGAGAGGAUGUCUGUAAGUGUGGAUACUCAAAGAACGAACAUGUGGCUGAAGCCAUCAAGCCAGACGACUUCUCAGGUGAAUCGUGGGACAGACACAGACAUAUCCAAGAAGUGCCCACUGAUGCUUUUGGAGACAUCAGCUUUGGUGGUUUGGGACAGAAGACGGGCAAGUACGCUCGAGUGUCCACAGACACCAGCCCUGAAAUCCUGUACCAGCUACUGACAGAACAGUGGAAGCUCUCCCCUCCAAACCUGCUGAUCUCAGUGACAGGCGGAGCCAAAAACUUUUAUCUGAAGGCUCGGAUAAAGAACAUGUUCCACAGAGGUCUCAUUAAAGUUGCUCAGACAACAGGUGCAUGGAUCAUCACAGGUGGAACACACACAGGUGUGAUGAAGCACGUAGGCCAGGCUGUGAGGGACUACGCCCUGAGUGGCUCCAUUCACAGCCAGAUCGUGGCUAUUGGAGUCGCAACCUGGGGAAUCAUUCACAACAAGGACACUCUGGUGCAUCCAGAGGGUUGUUUUCCAGCGCAUUACCCGAUGGACAUCAAGGGCCAGGGCCGACUGUCCUGCCUGGAUAACAACCACACCCAUUUCCUACUGGUGGACGAUGGAACCCAGGGACGAUACGGCGUGGAGAUUGAGCUGCGAAGUCGUCUGGAGAAAUGCAUUUCAAGAAAGCGCCUUGGAAACAAAGAGAGUGGAGUCACCAUCCCUGUAGUGUGUGUGGUUUUGGAUGGAGGGCCGGGCACUCUGAAUACCAUCUAUAAUGCCAUGCUGUGUGGUACGCCCUGUGUGAUCUUGGAGGGCUCUGGGAGGAUAGCAGAUGUGAUCGCCCAGGCAGCUGGGCUGCCGCUGAGCCGGGUGACUAUCGCUCACAUCCAUCAGUUAAUGAAGAGGUUUUUUGGACAAGAGUAUGAAAAAUUCCCCGACCUCAAGAUAAUAGAGUGGACUAAAAAGAUUCAGGACAUCAUCAGGAUUCCUCACCUGCUGACAGUCUUCAGAAUAAGCGAGGACAAUCACGGCGAUGUGGAUGUGGCUAUUCUUCAGGCACUACUCAAAGCUUCGAGGAUCAGUGAGUCUCUGGGAAUCGAGAGCUGGAAGAGGCAGCUGGAGCUGGCUAUAGCCUGGAACCGAGUGGACAUCGCUGAGACGGAGAUCUUCACUGAGGAGAGCCAGUGGAAGUCCAGCGACCUCCACUGGGCCAUGUUCUCAGCCCUGGUUGGCAACAAGCCUCAGUUUGUGAGUCUGCUGCUGGAGAACGGUGUGAGUCUUAGAGAUUUCCUGCAGAACGAGGAAACCCUCAGCGAGCUCUACAAACAGAUGCCUGCCUGCUUCUUUCUCCGCAAACUGGCCAAACGGGUCGACAAAGCUCGCCGCAGUAAGAGGAGAGCGCUGGACAGAAGGGUCAGGGCUCUCCAAGGGCAGGGAGAGACCAUCUCUAUGACUCAUGUGUCUGAGGAGGUGCGCCACCUGCUGGGCAGCUUCACUCAGCCCAUUUACCCUCCAUCCUCCAGGACGUGCCACUUUAAUAUGAUCAUGGAGGAUACAUCUGCAUCACUGUCUAAAUCUCAGGCUGAGUCAGAGUCUCCACAUGAUGAACCUCAGAGGGACUUUGGCAGAGAUCUUUUCCUCUGGGCUGUUGUUCAGAACAACAAGGAGCUGGCUGAAAUAGCCUGGGAGCAGUGUAGAGACUGCAUGUCUGCAGCUCUGGCCGCUACUAAGAUCCUGAAGAAAAUGGCAGAGGAGGGCAGUGAUGCAGAUGAGGCAGAGGCCAUGAGAGAGCUUGCUAAUCACUAUGAGAAACAAGCCAUAGGUGUAUUCAUUGAGUGCAACAACAAUGAUGAAGAGCGGGCUCAGAAGUUGUUGGUUCGUUCUUCACCUUACUGGGGAAGGACGACGUGCCUGAGGUUGGCACUGGAGGCCGAUGAUAAAAGCUUUGUGGCUCAGUCAGGUGUUCAGACUCUUCUGACUCAGAUCUGGUGUGGUGAACUUUCAGUGGACAACCCUGUGUGGAGAGUGCUCAUCUGCAUGGUCUUCUUCCCUCUGAUUUACACCAAAUUCCUGGUUUUCAGACGUGAUGAAGUUAUUCAGAGAGAACACCAGAAGAAUGAGGAGAUCAAAACAGUGGAGAACGUGACAGGAAGUGUGCUUCGAGUAAAUACUCGUCGUCUUGAUAGACUACAGCGUCAGAAGAUCCUGGGCAGCUGGUCCAAACUCUUCUGCCUGUACAGCGCUCCACAGGUCAAGUUUUACUGGAACAUCGUGUCUUAUUUUGCCUUCCUCUUCCUGUUUGCUGUGGUGCUGAUGAUCGACUUCCAGGUGACGCCGUCUCCUGCAGAGCUGCUGCUUUACAUCUGGCUGCUGUCUCUGGUGUGUGAGGAGGUCAGGCAGCUGUUUCAUGAUCCUGAUGGUUUUGGGUUUCGUAAAAAAGCCAGGAUGUACAUAAAUGACGUCUGGAAUAUCUUAGAUGUUCUGUCUAUCAUCCUCUUUAUCAUUGGACUCGCUUUUAGGCUGACAUCUCCACUCUUCUAUGCGGGUAAAAUCGUCCUCUGCAUCGACUUUGUGGUGUUCUGUCUCCGUCUCAUGGCCAUCUUCACUAUCAGCAAAACCCUGGGACCAAAAAUCAUCAUUGUCAAGAGGAUGAUGAUGGAUAUGUUCUUCUUCAUGUUCCUGCUGAGUAUCUGGGUGGUGGCGUAUGGUGUGGCCAAACAAGGCAUCCUCAUUGACAACGACAGUCGGCUGGACUGGAUUGUCCGUGGAGCAGUUUAUGAGCCAUACCUCAUCAUAUUUGGAGAUUUUCCAACAAAUAUCGAUAAUGCUGCGUUUGAUAUAGACGCUUGCACCAUGAACGGCUCAGAUCCUAUGAAGCCAAAGUGUCCCGUCCUGAAUGAAGACCAAAUGCCAGCUUUUCCUGAGUGGCUCACCAUCAUCAUGCUUUGUGUUUACCUGCUCUUUGCUAACAUACUGCUGCUCAACCUACUAAUUGCAAUCUUCAACUUUACUUUCCAGGAAGUUCAGGACAACACGGAUACAAUCUGGAAGUUUCAAAGAUACGAGCUGAUAAAGGAAUACCACAGCAGACCUGCAGCCCCGCCUCCUUUCAUCAUCUUCAGCCAUCUCUACCUCUUCAUCAGGCUCUUGUUGUUGCGUCGGCCACCUGUUGUAUGCAAAGAGUUCAAGAAUGAGCUUCCUCAGGUAGAGGAGGAGGAGCUGUUGUCCUGGGAGGUGUUGAUGAAGGACAGAUAUCUUCUCUCCACACAGCAGGAUCAGAGCCAGAGUAUGGAGCGACGCAUCCUGGACACGGCCCAAAAGGUCACCAACAUAAACGAGCGACUCGAGAGGGAAGAGGAGACGAGCUCUGCUACUAUGACAACAAGACUGGCUCGACUAGAGGAGCAGGUCAUGCAGACAGCCAAAGCCUUGCAGUGGAUUAUGGACAGUCUGAAAUCUCAGGGGUUUGCAUCCAAAGAACCGCCAUCUCUAACGUCGGCUGCAGCAGACGAGUCCCCUGACUCUCUGAGAAACACAUCAGAGAAAGAGGACGGGUUCCACGUGAACGCUCGGCAGCUUCACUACCCAAAUAGCAAAAUCACACGUUUCCCUGUGCCUGAGGAGAAGGUGCCAUGGGAGGUCAGCUUCAGCUCAUACAUGCCGACUUAUUACACCUCUGAAGACAGCGGGGACCAAGUGGAUGGAUCAGAGUUAGAAGGCUUAGAUAAUUACAGAAAUCCAGAAGGGAGGACUGGCGUCAGGGGGCGAGGAGCGCUCAGCCACCUGGGUCCUAAUCUGACUGUAGACCUCGUGCUGACACGGUGGCGAGACAGUACAAGAUCGGUUUUGGAGUACCUCGCUGUAUGGGAUGACCACGGGAGCUUGGUCCUACCUGGGGGUCCUGUCCAAUCAGCUGAUCAGCUUCCUGUGGCUCUUAAAAGAACAGUGGGAAAGAAGUUGUAUGAGAAAAUAUCUGAAAAAGCCUCAGAGGGAACAAAGGUGUUUGAGGGAUAUGUCGAUGAUGUCAGGAACACAGAUAACGCCUGGGUGGAAACGACGGUGUUAAACAUUCACCUGGUCAGAUCAAGUGAGAUUUUGUUGGAUAUCAACAACACGGUUGUGAGCAGCCACGGUGGUCUGCAGUGGCAGGAGGUGAGCAGCAAAACCAUGCUGGCCUCAAACCAAAGAGACUCUCUGCGGCAGGUAGCUGAGCUACACAACAGGAAGUUCUGAUGCUCGUACUGCUGCUGUAGAUGUGCCUCUCCAUCCACAGGUCUCCCCUGCCUGUUCAUGUGGCCUUGUUAAAGGCUGAUGUGGAUUAUUUCUGUUGCACUGAAGGCACUUCAUGAAAUAGACACUUUAAAGCCAGGACCUAUGCUGCUGUGGAUUACGUUGCACUAGAAUUUAUGGACAGAAACCGUACUGUUAUUCAUGUUUUUGACUGGACUCUUGUUUAGUUGUCUCUGAAAACAUACUCCUAUGGGGCGAAUUAAUUUAGUCAGCUACGCAAAGUCAAAGGUAGUUUACUUCACAUGGACCCUUAUUUUUACCUCAUAUGCCAACAUACAUUUCAAUAGCAACUAAAUAUUUACUUCUCUUCAUUUAUCCGACAGUAAAGAUCAGCGGUUCUCAACAGGUGGGUCAGGACCCAAAAACUGUAGCUCUAACAGGUAGCUCUAGGGAAAGAAAAUUCGCAAAAGGUCUAUGAUUUACCAAAGUCCUAAGGGGAAAAACAAUACAGUGAUGUAGUUUCUAAGGUUUUCCUUUGAUGAUGAAUAAAUUUAGGUAUUUUUCUUUAAGAUUUCAACGGUUUUUAUCUCCUUUUCCUCAAAUCACAAGCUGGGUUUCCCAAACAAAAAGAAAAUUUCUUUAAAAAAUUACCAAAUUUCCCUGCUGUCUUGAGAAAAUAGAGUAAAAAAAAUUAUGAAUGCCUGUCCUUCUGUAAUGAUACGCUUUUUAAACAUGUUUGCUUCAUCUUGACUCUUCUCUUCCAUCCUGCUUUGGGAUAGACAGGCGGGUUGGUGCAGCAUCAGCAGUUUUACAGGCACUGUACCGUACCGUCAUGGUGAAGAGGGAGCUGAGCCGGAAGGUGAAGCUUUGAUUUAUCAGUCAAUCUAUGUCCCAACCCUCACCUAUGGUUAGAACCCUGGGUAAUGACCAAAAGAAAGACAUCUAGAAGGAUCUUGAAGGCUCCUUCACAUCAAAAGGAGCCAGCUGAGGUGGUUCGGGUAUCUGAUCAGGGUGCCUCCUGGUGGCUUCCCUGUGGAAGUCUUCUGGGCACAUCCUACUGGGAGGAGAUCCCGAGACAGACCCAGAACUCGCUGGAGGGAUUAUAUAUCGUCUCUGGCCUGGGAGCACCUUGGAAUCCCUCAGGAAGAACGGGAAGGUGUUGCGGGGAGAGAGGGACUUCUGGGUUGACUUGCUUUGCCUGCUACCACCGCAG